UAGUGGAGGGAACUUUUGACAGUGUGGCUGAUGUAAACAUCUGUGCCUUCAGUUUGUGCGACAGCUUUUCAAGUUUACUUAUCAAACGUUUGUUUAUCGUAAAUUGACGGACUAUUAAACUUCGGACGACGCAGGGGAAACUAUGAGUGGAGAGGAAUCCAGGAGAGGCUCAUGGAGGGGUGGAAGUGGAGGAUGGAGAGGCAGAGGAGGAGGAGGAAGUGGCAGUGGUGGAUGGAGAGGAGGAGGCGGUAGUGGAGGAUGGAGAGGAGGAGGAAGUGGAGGAUGGAGAGGAGGAGGUAGAGGAGGAUGGAGAGGAGGAGGUAAUGGAGGAUGGAGAGGAGGAGGAGGGGGUAGUGGUUGGAGAGGAGGCUCAGGAGGAGGAAGAGGUUCAGUUGGAGGAGGAGGAUUGAACAAUACCUCCGGCACUCAAAGAGCUCUGUGUCAAACUACUCUCGAUGCAUUGUGUCCAUACAAAGGAUGGGCACUGUACUUCACUGAAGGCUUCAUAGAGAGCUCACCUAGUGUGGAGAAGAUAAAAGUCUUUGCAAAAUAUUUCACUUCCAAGAUUCACCUGUAUGACAAGGAUGAGAUUGAGCGUCACGGGAGUGUUUUGGUGGAUUAUGCAGACUUGAUCAGAGACAAGAUUGUGCAUAAAGCCCUUCCUGACCUAAUGACAGAGCUGAAGGAACAGCCAGAGUUGAUACUUAACUGUUUGGGAUUGGCUAUUCACCAGGUGUUGACUGUAGAUUUGGAGAAACAGGCUGCUGAGUUGCAAGGGGAAGAGCUUCCUGUCGCUUCACCAAUCAUCAACAUCCCUCAUAUUAGUGCUAGGCUGUACAACUAUGAACCGCUGACUCCAUUGCGGACAUUGCGUGCCAGUGUGUUUGGACGACUGGUGUGUGUGAAGGGAACGGUGGUCAGAGUGAGCAAUAUCAGACCUCUUUGUACCAGGAUGGCUUUCAGAUGCCAGAGCUCACACACAAUGUCUCUGCCACUGCAGCAUGGGAAAUACGCUACACCUACCAAAUGUAUCCAGCCGGACUGUCGCAGUCAUUCCUUCAUCCCCUGCCGCAGUUCUCCUCUUACACACACGGUCGAUUUGCAGAUUAUCAAGGUUCAGGAGUUGAUGGGCGGAGAGCAAAGAGAGACUGGACGAAUCCCACGCACCGUCGAGUGUCAACUGACCUCCGACCUCUGUGACAGCUGCGUCCCUGGAGACACAGUUACUGUAACAGGAAUAGUCAGAGUCACCAAUGAUGGUAGUUCCCGCAGGAAUAAGGAUCAGUGCAUGUUCCUACUCUACCUUGAAGCAACUUCAGUCAGUAAUUCUAAAGGUCAGCAGUCCAAAUCAAGCCAGGGAUCGAGAGGGUCAGAUGAAGUUCAUGCUGCGGGGGAGGAGUUCACCCUGAAGGAGCUGUAUGCCAUCCAGGAGAUUCAGUCACAACCUCACUUGUUGAGGCUUAUAGUGCACUCUUUGUGUCCUGUCAUCUAUGGUCAUCUGCUGGUUAAAGCUGCGCUUGCAUUGACUUUGUUUGGAGGCCGACAGAAACACACAGAUAAGAAUAGUGUUCCAGUCAGAGGAGACCCACACAUCUUGAUGGUGGGAGACCCUGGACUGGGAAAGAGUCAGAUGUUACAGGCAGUCUGUAAUGUGGCUCCCAGAGGAAUAUACGUAUGUGGCAACAGUACCAGCACCUCAGGUUUAACAGUGACUUUAUCCCGAGAUGCAGGAACAGGGGAUUAUGCUCUGGAGGCUGGAGCUUUGGUGCUGGCUGACCAAGGCUUGUGCUGCAUUGAUGAGUUUGAUAAGUUGGGCAACCAGCAACAGGCUCUUUUGGAAGCCAUGGAGCAGCAGUCAGUGAGUCUGGCAAAGGCUGGAAUAGUUUCCUCGCUACCUGCCAGAACGUCAGUUGUAGCUGCGGCGAAUCCUGUAGGAGGACAUUACAACAGAAGCAAGACUGUGUGUGAAAAUCUGAAAAUGGGCUCAGCUCUCCUCUCUCGCUUUGACGUCGUCUUCCUUCUCCUGGACAUCCCGGAUGAGUCGCAUGACCGACGCCUGUCAGAGCACGUCAUGGCAAAUAGGGUAGGAAAAGGCCGAACCAGCAGUGCCAUAGUCGCCAGGACUGACAAUCAGCUGGACACCUCCAUCCUGCUGGAACACUCAGACUUGCCGCUGUCUGAGCGUUUGCAGGUUCCUGCAGGUGAAACUGUAGAUGCCAUUCCGGCCUGCUUGUUAAGGAAGUACAUCAGCUACGCUCGUCAGUACGUCCGUCCUGUGCUCGCUCCUGACGCAGCACAAAUACUACAGGACUUCUACCUGUCACUCAGAGCUCAGGCUCACUCUGCUGAUGCCACGCCCAUCACCACACGACAACUGGAGUCCUUAAUUAGAUUAACUGAGGCGAGAGCCAGAUUGGACCUCAGAGAAACAGCUACCAAGAGUGAUGCUGAGGAUGUGGUGGAGAUCAUGAAACACAGUCUGGCUGAUACAUAUUCAGAUGGUCUGGGCAAUCUGGACUUUGAACGUUCUCAGCUUGGCUCGGGCAUGAGUCAGCGUGGCGCAGCAAAACGACUGAUCAACGCACUGCACGCACAAGCACAGAGGACCGGUCAGAAGCAGUUUGACCUGCAGACGCUUCGAUCUAUGGCCAACAGACUGAACAUCAAGGUGAUGGAUUUUGAAGCUCUGGUGAGUUCUCUGAAUGAACAGGGUUUCCUACUGAAGAAAGGAGCCAAGCUGUACCAGCUGCAGACAGUUUGAUCCCCUACAAUCAGAACAGAUCGCAUCGGCUCCUAACUUCAGACCUCAUUACAAGGUCGGUGUUUGGGAUUAUUAAAAUCUCUGUGUAGAUUAUGAAGAAUCUAUUAUCUAGAUCACUUCAGUUAAAAAAGUAUAGUCUACUAGUCCACCUUUUGAGGAGACAAAUGUUCUCUUUGCAGCACCUGGCAGCAAACCCUUGAAGUGACUAACACAAACAAAAAAAACUUCAGAAUAAACACAUGUAUGAUUGAUCAUACUUUUGAUUCAGGUCUGAUGACAUUAGACAUUAAUGGCAAUACUCAAGACACUACUUUUAAUAUAAAAUUAUAUAUUAGUAUUAUUAUUAUAUUAAAAGAUACAUGUGAAAACAUCUCAUAUCAUUACUUGCACUGUUAUUUUAUCAGUACAUAGCAAACCGUUUCAAACAAGACCUGGACCUGAAUUAGUUUUUCUUAUAUUUUCAAACUGAUGAUGCCUUGAACACCUUAGUCGAUGUGUGAGUAUUAUACUUUGUCAUGUUGAGAGACAUAUGUUUUCCACAGUGCUAUAGAAUUGUAUUGGAUGUUAAGAUUUCUGAUCAACAGUAACCUAAACUUGGCUACCUGUGAUGUCGACCUGUUUUUAGGUCCAUAUGUAGUUUUUAGUUACUGACUUUUGAGUCGUUUUGAAUUGCUCAAGUUAUAGUAUAUAGUAUUGAUCUCCGAGUCUGCACACUGUUCAUUUUCCUCUCUCAAAUAUGCUGUAUCUGCUAUUUUUUUCUGUAUGGUAUUCACUUUAUUGUUCAUACAUGUAUUUAUAAUAAAUGUAUAUGUAGGUAUUUAUAUUACUGAAAACCUAAAGAGUUAAUGGUUUUAACCUCAGGGAAAAUAACUUUAACAUUUUACUUGAGUGAGUUGCUGUUGGAGAACAUAUUAAUAGAUUUUCGUUCUCUGUACAACCUAAUAAUUACCGGUUUUGUUACUACAUCCUUCAUAUCAAAGAUAUAAAACCUUCCUCUGUCUUUCGUUUCCUUUGAUGAAAUGGAGUUGUAUUUUCAAAAU